GCCAGGCCUCAGCCAUGAGGAGGGAAAUGAAUGGGGUCACUAAGGGCCGGUUUGAGAUGUUCUCAAAUAAUGAUGAGGCUGUGAUCAAUAAAAAGCUUCCCAAAGAGUUGCUUCUUCGAAUAUUCUCCUUUCUGGAUGUGGUCACUCUAUGCCGCUGCGCGCAGGUCUCCAGGGCAUGGAAUGUCCUAGCUUUGGAUGGUAGCAAUUGGCAACGCAUUGACCUGUUUGAUUUCCAGAGGGACAUUGAGGGGCGUGUAGUAGAGAAUAUUUCUAAAAGAUGUGGAGGAUUCCUUCGAAAACUGAGUCUACGCGGAUGCCUAGGUGUGGGAGACAACGCAUUGAGGACAUUUGCCCAAAACUGCAGAAAUAUUGAAGUGUUGAAUCUAAAUGGCUGCACCAAGAUUACAGAUGCUACAUGUACUAGCCUUAGUAAAUUUUGCUCAAAGUUACGGCAUCUUGAUCUAGCUUCCUGCACAUCAAUAACCAACCUGUCACUGAAAGCAUUGAGUGAGGGGUGCCCUCUACUAGAGCAACUCAAUAUCUCGUGGUGUGACCAAGUGACAAAAGAUGGCAUCCAAAAUUUGGUGAGAGGCUGUGGUGGACUCAAAGCUCUGUUUCUUAAAGGCUGUACACAGCUGGAAGAUGAAGCUCUCAAAUACAUUGGUGCAAACUGUCCUGAAUUAGUGACUCUGAAUUUGCAAACAUGCUUGCAAAUAACAGAUGAUGGCCUCAUUACAAUAUGUAGAGGAUGCCACAAGUUGCAAUCUCUAUGUGCUUCUGGCUGUUCCAACAUCACUGAUGCCAUCUUGAAUGCGUUAGGGCAAAAUUGUCCAAAACUUAGGAUAUUGGAAGUAGCUCGGUGUUCCCAGCUUACAGAUGUGGGCUUCACAACUCUGGCUCGGAAUUGUCAUGAACUUGAAAAAAUGGACUUGGAGGAAUGUGUUCAGAUAACAGACAGCACAUUAAUCCAGCUUUCCAUACACUGUCCACUGCUCCAAGUUUUGAGUUUAUCACACUGUGAGCUGAUUACUGAUGAUGGUAUUCGCCAUUUAGGCAAUGGUGCCUGUGCCCAUGAUCGUUUGGAGGUCAUUGAGCUGGAUAACUGCCCCUUGAUCACAGAUGCCUCCCUGGAACACCUCAAGAGCUGCCACAGCCUGGAAAGGAUAGAAUUGUAUGACUGCCAACAGAUUACCCGAGCUGGAAUUAAGAGACUCAGGACCCACUUACCCAAUAUUAAAGUCCACGCCUACUUUGCACCUGUAACUCCACCACCAUCUGUGGGGGGCAGCAGACAGCGUUUCUGCAGAUGUUGCAUCAUCCUAUGACGUGAGAGCCAGUCUACCUUGUGAAAAACAAACUGAGUAUUUAAAUUACCCUUCUAGAAGUUACAGUGGACACCAGUAUCUCUGCCAACAAAAUGAUGCCAGUGCUCCUUCACCAGGGCUUUUGGAAAACAAAGCAGGGGAAGCUGGUGCAAAACAUUGUUCCCCUUUUUUAUCCCACAUAAAAAGACACACUU